AUGUUGAGAUCCCAAGCUUCUUCCAUUGCCCGUUCCUUCUCCACCUCGGCUGCUCGCUCCCACUUCGCCAAGAUGCAAUUGCUUGGUAACGUCGGCAGCAUCAACACCAGAGAAACCAAGGAUGGCGUUCCUUUCCUUACCUACUCGUUGGCUGUCAACAGAUACAACCCUCAGGCUGAAAAUGGCCAGGCUGACUGGUACAACUUGUCUGUGUUUGACGAGAAGCUGGUCAACUUUUUCCAGAACCACUUGAGAGCUGGUGCUAGUCUUUUCGUUGAGGCUGACGUGAGACAGAGAGAGAUUGUCGACUCCAACGGUGAGGGCAAGAUUGUUACUUCUUUGAGACAGACUUCUUUCCACGUUGUUCGUUUCCCUAAGAAGAUCACCGAGGAGGAGGGCGAGAGUGCUUAA